AUGGAAGACAAGAAAAAGAAGAAAGAAGAUAAAAAGAAAAGGGAAACCUCUCAGAAGGUGCCAGAACAGAAAAUCAAAGUGCCAGAAUCAGCCAAACCCUCCUGCUCCCAGCCACUCGCCACCCAAGGCUCCGUGUCCCCCAGCCCUGGCCCUCUUGCCCCGCCAUCCCCCAGUCCGGGUGCAGCACAAGUUCCUCCUGGUGGUGGGAACAAUGCAAAGCAGCGGACUGCUGUGGCCAACGGACAGCCCUCCUCCUCCCCCUCUGGAAGCCAGACAUCCCAACAGCAGCGAUACAUGUCGAGAGAGGUUCCACCCAGAUUUCGCUGCCAGCAGGACCAUAAAGUGCUACUGAAGCGGGGCCAGCCGCCGCUGUCCUCCAUGCUGCUUGGGGGAGGAGGGGGGGAAGGGGGUGCAGGAGCGGUCGAAGGAGGCAGCGGUUGGGCGGCCUCCCCACCUCUUCCCUCACAGGGAGCAGAAAACCCCAAUGCAAACACAGCUGGAGGCACAGAUUCCAUCCUGGGUUCAUCAUCUGCUUCACCCCCAAACUCCUCCUCAUCCUCAUCAUGUGUCGCUGCUCCGUCGUCUUCUUCUUCUUCUAUUACUACUACUUCAACUUAUGCAAAUUCCACAUGGGGGGCAGGCUCUGGCAGCCUGUCCUCUUCUCAGGGCUGCGGGAAAGUAAUUGUGGAUGGGACUGAUCUGGGGGAUUGGCCUAGCAUCCUUGGCGGGGCCAAAUUGAGUUCUGACGGGGCUGGAGGAGGAGGAGGAGGAGGAGGGAUGCAGGAACAAGACUGCCCUGGUAACAACAACAACAGUAGUGCCUCAUGGAGUGAGAAAAACAUCCAGCAGAAGGGAGGAACAGCAGGAGGAGGAGUAGGGAACAUGGACAAUCCUUCCUCACCUCGUUCUUCUCCUCUUUCCUCCUCUUCCUCGCUUAAUGAAUGUGUUCAGUCGAGUGGUGGUGUGUGGGGCUCUUCCACCUCUUCUCAGGUGGAGACAGGGCUCGGAUCAGCAGCAUUUUACAAUUCCAAAGUCUCCCAUCUUCUUCCUGGGCCCCCGGAGAGCCCUGUGAGCGGCAGCAGUGGUGUCCCUGGUGCCAAUUUUAACCCCAACAUGAACCCCUCUGCCUGGCCAGCCCUCGUGCAGGGCGGGACAUCCACUUCAGCGAGCGACAGCCUUCCACUACACUCGUCCAUAACUUCAGUUUCCUCAUUCUCUGCCAGCACCACCCCCAUCACCACUCACUCGCUUUCAUCUGUGAAUCAAACUGGUCUCCAUCAGCAGCACACCGAGACAGCUGGGGGAGCCAGGGGUGGAGAACCACAGCAGCACUUAGGAAACUCUGGGCAUGAGUCGGGUUCAGGUGGAGGACCGGGACCAAAUCACAAAGGAGUCGAUGAAAGGGACUAUGGGACUGCGAGAGCUGAAGGAGAAGGGGGUACUAAACUCGCUGGCUCUUCGUCUUCCUCCUCUGCUGCCUCUUCUUCUUCUUGGAGAUCCAUACCUGCAGUGCCCACUGACCUCAGUGCGGGGGCCUCACAGGCGGAUGGAUGGGGUGGAGGAGGAGGAGGGACUGGAGCUCAGGUGCAGGAAGGGAAUGUGUGGGGCUUUGGUAGCCAGGGUGGCAAGACAGGGUGGGCCAGGGGGGGUGAUGGUGGCUCAAAUACCACAGCGGUAUCUCAGGGAGCGUUGGAAGGAGGCAGUACAGAUGCAGAGUGGGGUGGCACAGAGGGUGGGGUAAGUUCAAGUAACUCAGCAAUAGAGGGAGGAAGGGGAGGAGGAGGAGAUGGGGGGAGCAGCAGCAGCAGCAGCAGUAGUGGAGGUGUUGGUGGUGGUGUUUUGCAGGAAUCUGCCUCACCAAAGUUUGCAACUAUGACAAAAGCUUGGGACAAUCAGAAAGGGAUGGAAGGUGGGGAGGGCGCAGUAGGGGAGUGGGGAGGGCAGGGUGGAAGCUCUGGAGGGGAGAGACCUUCUUCCUCGAGUGGAGGAGGGUCCAUAGCUGGAAGCGUUGGAGAUGAAAGUGAUAGCGGACAGAAGCCGGAGCAAGCCUCAUCCGUCACCAACCCUUCUCAACAGACCUCCAAUGCUGAAGUGGCCUUACUCAGCAUGCUCAACAGGUCUGACCUGGACCCCAGGGUUCUGUCCAACCAGGGCUGGGGGCAGACCCAGAUCAGACAGAAUGUGGCCUGGGACCUGGACACUUCAAGAGGAACAGGACACAGAAAUGAAAAAAGCUCUUCCUCUGCUUUCUCAUCAGCAACCAUGAACACUAGCGCGGGCUCCGGUGGCCCCGGGUACCAGUCCAACAGCUCAGCAAGUAAUGAUCAAUCAGCUGGCAGUCACAAGACCGGGCCUGCUUCAGCCAGGGACGGCUGGGACGGCAGUGCUCCACAGGCCGCCUGUGGUCCUCACAUGCCUGGUAACACUGUGAGAAAGCCGGGCUCACAGGAGGAAGAUAUGGAGACCAACAAGGGCAAGGCCGCUGGAGGCUGGGGGGAUCUCCCACCUGAGAACAAGAGCAAAGGAUGGGGGUCAGAGGAGAGCAGAGAGCAGCAAUGGGGGGGUCGUGGUGGUAGAGGAGGGGGCUGGAGAGACUUUCGAGAACAGGGUAGUGGAUGGGCGGAUGGUUCAGAGGAUAAGAGGACAGGGGGUUGGAAGGGGACAGGAAGAGGGGAGGGAGGAGGUUGGGGAGGGGACUGGGGUCAGAGAGACACCACACCUGGGGGGGACGGAAGAGGCAGAGGUGGAGGCCGCUCGGAUGAGGGAUCUUCUUGGGGUAACCUAGACGAAGGGGGAUCUCAGCGAGGAGGAGGAGGUGGAGGAGGUGGAGGAGGAGGAUGGGGAGAUGGGGGUGGAGGUAAAUCCCACCAGGACUGGGAGAGUGCCAAGCCCCACGCAGCAUCAGCACACAUACCAAACAGCCAAGUGGCACCAAUGAAAGCCCCGAAUCAACAGCAGCACCAAUCACAGGGCCAGCAGCAACAAGCUGGUCCACAAGGAGGCUGGAACAGCCGGUCCAGCGUUGGAGGUGGAGGUCCACCAUCCAAGAAUCAGAACCAAAGUUCAGGCUGGACCUCGGGCCCAAUCCCCCAGGUCCCCGCGGCUGGGCCAGGGCCUGGACCUGGGCCUGACUCCCUAGAGCCCAGCGGCUGGGAGGAACCCUCCCCUCAGUCCAUCAGUCGAAAAAUGGAGAUCGAUGAUGGCACUUCAGCCUGGGGAGACCCAACCCGCUACAACACCAAGAAUGUGAAUCUGUGGGACAAAAACAGUGCUCCGCCCGAUCAGGGCCACUCUCAGCAGGCCGCACCACAACCACCCCCGACCAUGCAGCAGCAACAACCACCGCGGAGGCAGCAGGGGAUGCAGCACAGCCGGGACACCAACCCUGGAAACGCUGCUGUUGCUCCAGGUAUGUGGGGAGGAGGUGCACAAUCUGCGGAUAAUGGUACUGGUGCAUGGGGCCAGACUUCAGAAGCACCAACAGGUUGGGGUGAUCCAGAUGAGCCCAGCAAAGCUGGCUGGGGGAACCCGUCACCCAACAUCAGUAAACCUGGCCCUAAGUCCAUGGAGAGCUGGGGCGGGAAGGGUGAGGGUUCUGUUGCCGCCUCUCGUCACCCCAGCUGGGACGAGGAGGAUGACGGUGUUGGAGGGGUGUGGAACAGCGCCGGCCCCCAGGGGAGCGGCUCCUCCUUCAACUCUGGAGGCUGGGGUCAGAGUCACAUGGGGAAGAGAGGCAACAUCAAGGGGGGAAGUGGAGACUCCUGGAUGAACCCAGUGUCCCGUCAGUUCUCAAACAUGGGUCUUCUGGGUGAUGACCCGGGGGUUGACAAAAAGAUGGAUGGAGACAAGAGAGGAAUGAGUGAUUAUAAUGGAGAGAUGCGGAGAGGAGGGAGAAGUGGAGGAGGUUAUCGAAUGCCUAGUUCCAAAGACAUGGGUCCCGUUGAUAUGGGGCCCUAUAGUGAGAAGAUGAGUGGUCAUGGAGUGUUUGUCGGCGGUGGCGGAGGGAUUCCUCAGCCUCGAGGGAUGCACCAGCCUGGCAUGCAUCCAAUGAAUCCCUCCCAGGGGAUACGUGCUCAAGUGCCUCAUCAGUUCCUGUCUGCUCAGGUGCCGGGUCCCAUGCUGAAGCAGAUGCCCUCUCCUGGUGGCAGUGUGGGCGGAGUGGUUGGAGGAGUAGGAGGUGUCGGUGGCGUUGGAAGCGUCGGAGGGGUCGGCGGUGUUGGAGGAGGAGUGUUCCCCCCUCAGAUUUCCCCGCAGCAGCUGGCGAUGCUCAGCAACAUUUACCCCCAGAUGCAGCAGUUCCAUCUGGCUUGUCAGCUCUUGCUACAACAGCAGCAGCAGCAGCAGCAGCUUCUGCAGAAUCAGAGGAAGUUCCCUCAGCCUCAGCCUCUCAGGCAGCAGCCGGACCCUCAGCAGCUGGCGAGGAUCAUGGCUAUCCUGCAGCAGCAGAGGCAGCAUCAGCAGGGUGGAGUCGCACCAGGCGGAGGGAGCUCCAAACUGUCCCCCUCUCACCUGGGAGGAGGCCUUACCAAACAGCCCAUGGGGGACCCCCUUCAGCACCCUGGAAUGGGGGGGGCCUUAUCAGACCUUCAUGCCAAAACACAAGGGAUGUACUCCGGGCUCGCUCCUGGCGGGAACCUGUCGGGCCUGGAGCUCGGUCCCAUGAUGGGAGGGAUGAAGGACACAGGAGGACAGCAGUCCCGCUUCAAAUGGAUGAUGGAGGGACACUCUCCUGCUCAAUCUCCCCCCGACACAACCCUUCACAAGAACGGCCCUUUACCCAGUGCUUUAAAGGUGAGAGGAGGAUCCCCGUACUCCCAGUAUGAGAUGCUGGGCAGUGAUGGGUUAGGGAUUCCUCCUCAAGGCUCUGCAGACAACUGGCACCGGACCCCUGGGAGUAAGAUGGGGAACAAACCUGCCACAUCGAGCUGGCCACCAGAGUUCCAGCCCGGUGUUCCUUGGAAAGGGAUCCAGAGUGCCGGAGACCCAGAGUCUGACCCCUACAUGACUCCUGGUGGUGUUCUUGGUUCCCCCGGACCCCCGAACCUUAACGACUCUGACCACCAGUUACUGCGAGACAACAUAGGGCCAAACCCCACCCUCAACACCUCGCUGCCUUCACCUGGUGCCUGGCCCUACAGUGCCUCAGACAGUCCCCUCAGCAAUGCACACAGCACAGGAAAGUACUCUGAGUACAAACCCAGCUGGCCCCCAGAGCCCAUCGGACAAAACAAGCUGUGGAAGACCAAUCGCAACAGCUCACAGCUACCACGCCCCCCUCCUGGCUUAACCAAUCAGAAGCAGGCCUCUCCCUCCCCGUGGGGAAACGGAGGCCCACGUUUGGCUCGAAGCUGGGGAGGGAGUGGGAUGAAUCAAGAGUCAAGAUAUGGGCCAGGCUCAGCGUGGAGCGACGGCGUGGCCUCCAGGAGCAGCUGCUGGUUGCUGCUGAGCAACCUCACGCCUCAGAUUGACGGCUCCACACUGAGGACGAUCUGCAUGCAGCACGGUCCCCUGCUGACCUUCCACCUCGGCCUGACGCAGGGCAGCGCUCUGAUUCGAUACAGCACCCGACAGGAAGCAGCCAAGGCCCAGGGCGCUCUUCACAUGUGUGUUCUGGGUAACACCACCAUCCUGGCGGAGUUCGUAGGGGAGGAGGAAGUCUCUCGUUAUUUUGCACAUUCCCAGGCCGGAGGAGCAGAGGGGGCGGGCUCAGGAGCGGCAGCUGCCAGCGGGACGCAGGGUUCAUCUGGAACAGGCACAGCUGUGGCCAGCAGCGGAGGAAGCUCCCCGGGGAAUGAGCGGGCAGCAGCGGGCGCAACUUCAGGUGGAAACGGAAACGGCGGUGGAGGAGUGGAGAGCGGAUCAGCAGACCUGGGCGGCGUAAGGUCCUCUGGCUCUGCGUGGCAGGGUCUCGAUGGUACAGGCAGUUCUUCAGAAACGUCCUCAGCCCAAGGACCCGGGCUGGGGAUCUUCUCCCAGUGGGGCUCCAACGGGGCGGGAGAAGGAGGAGGUGUGGAGGGAGUGGAGUCUGGGAGGUCUGGACUCUGGGGGGGCAUGAGUACAGGAUACCCGAGCAGCAGCCUGUGGGGGGCAUCGCAGAUGGAGGAGAGGCACCAAAUGGACAGCCCUGCCGCUCUGUUGCCUGGCGACCUGCUGGGGGGCGGAGCUGAUUCGAUCUGAGGAGCGCCCUCUGUUUUUUCAAGUGUUGGUUUGGACACUGAUACAGCAUACACUGGGAUACAUAUGUACUUACUAUAGCACACACACACACACACACACACACACACACACACCUAUUAAUGUAACACACACUCACACUGACAUAGACGUCGUAUGCAGAUUAGUGUGCACACACCUAAAGCAGAAAUGUGAGACAUGUAUACACAUUCUUGUGGCCAGACUUAAGCUAUUAUAUAAACAAUGCAGGGACUGUUAAAUGUGUAUACAGCCUUUUUCCACAGAUGAAGAUUUCAACUGCUUAGACUUGAAACCUGAAAGAAUGAAAAGUCAGUUGGUCUGAGAGACUCGACUGGAUCUCUAUGUGCUCAGUAAACAGAUUUACAUCCACAUGCACACACCAAAUACAGACAAGCCUUCAGACAGAUGGGCACUGUAAACAGCAUUACCUUCAUCGUAUCAGAGAACUUAAAACUACUACAUGAUGUGAGGUUCAAGUGCAGUUUUGUAUUCACGUCCCCUUAAACACGGAGACCGAAUCCAAACACAUGCAAACAGCUCUGAUUGAAAACAGACCUGUAUCUUACUGUGUAUGUUCACUUAGUUUGUUUCUGUUUGUUUUGUAUGUAUGGUUUUAAUUUUUUGAACAGUGGAAAUAUUGAAAUUGUUCUGUUUUCAAAAUGCUGACCUCCUACUGUUGUAUCUCAUGCACUCUUUCUCUGUUAUUCUCUCUUGAACAUGUUUGUUACUGUUGCAGUGAUAAAUGUUAAAUUGCUGGCAGUUUGAGGCUAUGUUGCAUUUCUCCAUGUGUGGAUACUGUUUGUAGUAUCGCUCACACUAUAUGGACUCGAGUAUGAAUGAGAUUGAGACCAAGUAAGUGGAUUAAACCACCACAGUUGUUGUGCGUGUGUGUGUGCGCGUGUGAGCGUGAGGAUAAUGUGUGUGUGCAUGUUACUGCCUGUCAUAAUGUGGGCAAGGCUGCUUACUAUACAGAAGGUCUAUACAAAUGUUUUGAGUGCAUUCGGUAUACUGCUGACUGUGUUAAGAAAUAUUGGCACUAAUGCUUUUUUUUUUUCUUCUGUCAUUUGAAGUUGUUUUUCCUUUUUUUUUUAGCAGACUUGUCUUUUUUAUUGUCCGACCUGCAAUAACAAAAAAGAACAUUUUAAUGACACAAAGAGCUGAAGGCAUACGCGUUGAAAAAAUGGACAUGCCAAAUCUUAUCAAACUGUGUGGAGUGGGCGGGGGGGAGGGUGGGUUGUUUACAGAUGCAGAGUAAGAGUUGACGUACGUUUUUAAUGUUCUGUUGUUGUGUAUUGGUUUCAAAUUAAGACAGGCUUUAACGCUCCUGUUCAGUGUUUUCGUUAUGAGAUUUUACAAAGGAAAAAUUUAUUUAAACACAUGAGAACAAGAUUAAUAAAGAUGAAAGUAUUGGCUUCUAAA